AUGCCCCCCAAGCGCAAACGCACCGCGCUCGAGACGGCCCGCCACUACCUCUCCGGCGGCGGCGUCCUGCGCGAAGACUCCGACGACGAGCUCGGCCUCGAAGAUCACCCGUGGGAAUGGCUUUACUCCCCCACCACCCCUUCCACCAUCACCGGCGCGCGCAUGGGAAACUUCGAAGUCCACCUCGGCGACAUUGUGCUGCUCAAAUCACCUGUGCCGAGCGAAGCGUGGGUCGCUAUCUUGUAUGAGUUUAGUGAGGAUGAGGAGGAAGACGAGGACGGGGAAAGGGAGAAGAGGGCGACGAUGAUGUGGUUCUCGUCUGAGAAGGAAAUACGCAAGAGCGCGAAGAAGAGGACGGAUGCGGGGGGGAAUGAAUUGUAUUUGACUGCGAAUUUCGACGAGAAUCCGUUGGUGACUAUCAAUGGGAAGGCUACUGUGUUGUCGGAGGAGGAGUUUACGAGGCGGUUUCCCGGUGGGAAGGUGCCGAGGCAGUCGAGGGAGUUUGGGAAGGUGUUUGUGUGUAAGCGGGGGGUUAACGUGAGGACGACUACGUACACGGAGGAGUGGAGGUGGGAGGAUGUGUUUCGAGGGAGGGAGAGCAUGGAUGGGUUGGUGGAGAUGGUGGAGAAGCAGACGGUGAAGACGAGGAAGAGGAAGGCGGGGAAGGAGAAGGGGUAUGGGGAGGACGAGUUUGUGGCUGGAGAUGGUGAGGAGGAUCCGAAGACGCCUAGGAAGAAGCGCAAACUGGCUGCCGAUACGCCGACGUCGAAGAAGCAGCUCACGCCACGGAAGUUUGCUACGCCUACGGGUCGGAAGAUUGUGACAAAGAAGGCGCUGGAGUUUACUCCGCUGGGGACGAGGGUGCUGUCGCCGGCGCAGAUGCAGGCUUCGCCGUACCAGCUCGCGAGGUCAACACUUCAUGUCUCUGCUGUUCCACACGCCUUGCCUUGCCGGGAGUCUGAGUUCGAGAUGGUGCACUCUCAUCUUGAAGCGGCCAUCACUGCUGGGACAGGUGCCUGUAUCUACAUCUCAGGCACACCCGGAACUGGGAAGACAGCCACGGUCAGGGAAGUCGUCGCUUCGCUACAGGCGGCUGUGGUGGAAGAGCAGCUCGACGACUUCUACUUCGUCGAGAUCAACGGCAUGAAAGUCACCGACCCGCACCAGUCGUACUCGCUGCUCUGGGAGGCUUUGAAAGGCGAUCGGGUGAGCUCAUCACAUGCGCUGGACCUGCUGGAGCGCGAGUUCAGCACACCGAGUCCUCGGCGAGUGCCGUGCGUGGUGCUGAUGGACGAGCUGGACCAGCUGGUCACGCGCAAUCAAGGUGUGAUGUACAACUUCUUCAACUGGCCACAGCUACGGCAUUCUCGGCUCAUCGUUCUCGCUGUGGCCAAUACCAUGGAUCUGCCGGAGCGUACGUUGUCAAACAAGAUCAGCUCGCGGCUUGGCUUGACGCGGAUAACGUUCCCUGGCUACACGCAUACGCAGCUCAUGGCCAUCAUCCAGUCCCGUCUCGAGGGAGUUGGCCAAGUCAUUGUAGACCCGGACGCAGUGCAGUUCGCCAGCAGAAAAGUGGCAGCUGUGUCCGGUGAUGCUCGACGAGCGCUCGACAUGUGCAGACGUGCGGUCGAGAUUGCCGAGCAAGAGAGUCUGACGGAUACAGGCAAGGAGAACCAGGCGCCAGACACUCCAAGCAAGACACCUGGGAGGCAGAAAGAUGUAGCUGCGACUGCGCUGGCGGCGAAAAAAGGCGUCGUGACCAUUGCCACGAUCAAGCGAGCGAUCAACGAAGCCACCUCAACGCCAUUAGCAGCGCAUCUGAGGUCUUUGCCGCUGGCGAGCAAGCUCUUCCUCGCCGCGCUUCUGGCUCGUUUACGUCGGACCGGUAUUACUGAAUCCACACUCGCAGACGUUGUCGAUGAGGCGAGACGAAUGGGCGUAAUGUCGCAAAGCAAGCCGAUCGAAGAAUAUCUCCUGACUCCCGCCGCCACGCCAACACAUAAUCCAGACGACCUCGGUGCAGUCGCGAACACACCCUCCAAGCGUGGUAAGCCUGCCGCGAAGAAAGAGCGGGACACAGCAGCUCGUGUACUCGGGCUGGGCUGCGCGGCUCAAGAGCUGGCAGAAGCUGGCAUUGUUGGUCUGGAGAUCCGACAUGGUGAUCGGGUUGGGCGGAUUCGCCUUGGCGUCAGCGAGGAGGAUGUGCGCGCUGCUUUGCGGGAGGAUGAGGAGAGCAGAGGGUUGGGGUUUGGUAGUUGA